UCACUAUCCAAAUUCCUGGCUUCCCUAUGGCCAAUUCCAGUCAGCUAGUCACUGGCUCUGGCCCCUGAUUCAAGGUAUAACUUUAUUGGGCAGGCUUGGGUGGGUCAAAGUGCCAUCAAAAUAUCCCACAACACCAAGCUGAGCUUAGAAACCAAUUCCACAGGCAACUUGGUUCUUCCAGUUAACAAGGACAUGGUUCUAAACUUGAACCUCAGAUUAUUAUGACUUCAGGACCCCACACCACUGCAUCCAGAUGCUUCUUCACACUAAAGAAAAUCAGAAACAGGAUGCCAUUGACAGAUGACAAAAAUGGGAGAGGAACCAGAGUCAGAGACAGCUGGGGUCCAGCACCCAACUGUGUGUAGGCAACUGAGUAAUAAUAAGACCUUUAAAUAUUUGUUUCACAUUGAUUUUAUGUCAUCAUACAAACGUGAAUUACUUCCACAUGUACAUCAAAACUUUGACUCUGGAUUUUCUUACUGAUUAUGAUUUUGUUCAUUGAGAGAAAGGAUUGUUUUGAGGAUUGAAAAUACUGCAAGAUCACUUCUACAAAAAUAUGAUAAAAUAUGAAGUGCUAAUUCUAAAAGCAGUUCUUUUAGACACACAAAAUACACAAAUAGAAUUAAGUAUUUUGAGUGCUAUUUAGCAUGAAUUACAAAACAUUGAAGGUUGAAUUUUAAUAUCUCAUGAUGAGCAGAGUAAGCUGAAGGUGAAAGUCAUUGAAUAAAGAAAAUGCACUUGAAGUAGGUAGAAUUGAGGAAAGAGCUGGAGCUACAUUUUGCAAAUUAUGUGUGAACACUUAGGUAUGAACACAGGAACCUCUGGGAAUUCAUGCUGUCCCUUCCUAUGAUGUGUUUAUUAUCUGAAAAAAAAUCAGUGGGCCAUGUCUAAUACUAUGAGGAAAGACCUCAGGAACCCAAGGUAUAGUGGUUUUUCAUUUCUCUGUACCACCAGCUUCUUCUGACAGAGGACAGGUCCAAGAAUCCAGAGAGAUGCACAGUCUGGGAGGUGGCAGCAGAACCUGGGAGCAUGGUUUGUUGGGUUUUUUGUUUUGUUGGUUGGUUGGAUAUUUUUGGAUUCAGAGUAAAGUAUUUAAUUUUUUAUUGAAAAUUCAUGCAAUAUAUUCUGGUCCUCUCUUCCCAUUAAACUUCAUACUCUCUCUCUCUUUCUCUCUCUCUCCCUCUCUCUCUCAAACUAAUAGGUAAACAAAAGCAAACAACCAAACAUAAAACAAAACCAAUUAACCAACCAAACAAGCAAAGUAAAACAAUAAAACUCCUACAAUGAUCACAGUUCUUUUAAAGAGCUCAGUGCAUUUUCUCUUCCAGCUGUGGAAGCUCUAUCAUGAUCCCACAAAUUGUGACCAAUGAGACUGUUACAGUGAUUUCACCAAAUGGAGCCAACUUUCCCCAAACAGACAAGCCCCAGCCUACUGAGCAGAGGCAAGAGAGCCUGAAGAAAUAUCUAAAGGCAGAGGUCAAAGUGAUUGCAGCGAUCCAGAUCAUGUGUGGUGUGAUGGUGUUGAGUCUCGGCAUCAUUUUGGCAUCUGUCCCCACAGUCCCACACUUUACCCCAGUGUUUUCUGUCCUGUUAAAAUCUGGCUAUCCAUUUGUAGGAGCCUUGUUUUUUAUCAUCUCUGGAAUUCUGUCAGUUAUCACGAAGACAAGGUCAACCAAGUCUUUGGUGGACGGCAGCCUGACUAUGAACAUCCUGAGUGUUUUAUUUGCUUUCAUCGGCAUCAUUAUCCUCUCUGUCAGCCUGGCUGGUUUGCAUCCUGCCUCAGAGCAGUGUGAGCAGAACAAGUCACCUAAACCAACUCAACAGUUUUACUACCAUCAUUCCUUCGAAGUCAGCAAUGACUGCUCUACCCCCAAGGCUGUUUUGACUGGAGCACUCUUGUUGAUGCUGAUCUGCAGUGUGUUGGAACUUGGUAUGGCUGUGCUCACUACCAUGUUGUGGUGGGAACAGGAUCACUCUGACUUCUCUCGGAAUGUGAUUUUCCUGUCUUGUAACUCAAAUAAUGGAUCCAACACGAAAUCAAAGUCACUGUGUAACCCUGCAUAUGAGAAACAAUUAGUUUCUUAAGAAUAAAAAAAAAAUUGGAGCUCUACAGCAGAGAGUCCAUCUUCAUGCUAAUGCAGAAAAUCCAGCCAUCACAAGGCAGCAAUGCUAAAGGUUCCUAAAAUGUGGCUGUUUAAAAAGUGAAUACCAGUAAUGUGUUGAAUGGAUGUGUUCAGUGACUCACUCUUGAUUUUCAUGAUCUUGGCAUCAUCCAAAGCUCAGACCUGCAAAUAGUGGCCAAAGAGACACAGGUAUUUCUUGGAAAUCUAAAAUAAUGUUUCAGGGGAUUGUGGUAGAACAAAGGAGUAACAUUUUCUUGUCCCCUAAUAGUGAACAACAAUUGUUAACCAUUUGGUCCCUGUGUUCAGAAUCUCUGUGUUGGCAUGGGUCUUUCAUCAUAUCAAAUUUAUUCAUUAGUACAUAGAAACAAGUGACCUGCAAUAAAGUCUCAAGAACUAUACAUGCUGUUUGUUUCAAAAUAAAGUAUUUUUGUGAU